CAACGCAUCACGGAAGUAAAAUAUGUAAGCUUAUUUUGGCUACACAGAAUAGCUCUUUUUAACUUGGAUUGGUAAGUGAUAGUGUAUUGUCCAUGUAUCUCCAAGAAUAUAUCAUUAUAGACGACAAAUAUAACGGAGACACGAAAAGUAAUUUCUUAAACUUAGUAAAAAAGACAAGACAUGAACAGUAACGUAAUUGCACACAGAAUAAUGGAAUGGUUGUGGGAAUGAUGAUCAAUAUUUGUUUGAGUGUUUGUUACUAUUACCUGAAGAUUCCUUUUAAGAUAAUGGUUUGGAUAUUUGAAAAGUUUAUUUCAUUGCUUCAAUAUAUUCGUGACUUAUGGUUUUCAAAAAGCCAUAACUAUCACAGAGUUCAAAAUGAUGUUGAAUCAGGAGUUUUGACUGGCACUGAUAAUGACAGAAAGCUUAUCGAAGCUAAUAUAAGAUUGAAACAACUGGAACAGCAAAUAGAAUCAAUGACGAAUGAACUUGUUCAAUUACAGGAAUUUACAAGAGAGAUUGGCCCACUUCGGAAUGAACAUGCCAUUGCUUUGAGAAUGCUUCAAGAUUAUGAAGAGAAAAUAAACGUAUUACAAAGAGAAAAGGGAGAUGCAUUAACAAGAUUGAGUGAGGUAAUGGGGUCAAAAUUACGAGACAAUAAUCCAGGAAUCACAGACCUGAAUGAUCCAAACAGACCAAUGAAACUUGGGGAUCAGUUUAGUGAGUUGUAUGAAAACGAAUGGACUGAUGCCUACUCUUUAUUAGAGGAUUUCAAAAAGUUCACGGAAAUCGAAAUCAUAGAAAUUCUUAUAAAAAUUCUCAGCGAGAUUUAUGAGACAUGUUUAGCAGAUGUUUCUCAGCAGCUGUCGGGACACAGAAGCACUGUUCAUGGACUAAGCGAUGAUGAAAUAGAAGGGUUUAUAAAAGCUGUAAAGGAUUCCAUAAAAACCAAUGCAUCAAAGUAUAUUCCACUUCUUCGUAAGAAAAUAACCAGUGACAGUUCAAGUUGUAAAACAGUUGUUCAGCACAGAGAUUGCUGUCUGUUAUACAUAGAAAAUUGUGUCAACCUUUGUUACUAUGUAGCUGUCCAAGAUCCACCAAUGGUUAUAGACUUUGAACCUGGACAAAUGUUUGAUAAACAAUCAUGGAAGGAAUACACUCGGUCAGGAACCGAGGUUGAAUAUGUAGUAUGGCCUGUUUUGUAUUUAUACAAAGGAGGUCCGAUUAUGUCUAAAGGUGUUGUUCAGCCUAAAGAAAACAUGCUUUGAUGCUUUAUGAUAUUCUUAUCAUAUCACAGUGGGGAUCCAGGAUUUUUGAAAGGGGCGUAAUUUUUUU